AUGGCAGUAAACAGUGCCACGUCUUUCGUGUUAUCAUCGAUUUUAACCUUGUUGAUAUUUUCGGGAAUGCAAAUGUAUAAACCGAUACUAAUAAGAUCGCCAAUAACAAUUAUAUUUGGAGGAUAUUUGGGCUCUGUUAUGUUUAUGUUCUUCGUAACUGCAAUAGGAAAUUUAGAGGCUACACUAUUUGGAAAAAAUUUUCAGUUGAAAUUACCAGAGAUAGUGUUGUCUAUGGUAAUAUCUUUGAUUGCAUCGGGAAUGGUGCAUAGGAUUUGUUUUACAACAUGCUUAAUUUUUUCAUUAAUUACUAUCUACUACAUGAAUAAACUAUCGCAGAAGACAUAUGUAUCUGCUGCUCCUGCACCAGUUCCAGUGAAGGGUCGUCGUCAUAAA